UAGAAAUACGAAUACUUCUACGUACAGAUCGAGCUUCCCUAUAUAAAGGGACGGUGUGUGACCAUUUUUACUCGUGCUUGAAAAAAGAGUAAUUAAGAACUCAUUAAGUUCAUUCUUGUUCAAUUCAUUGCUCCUAUAGUAUAAUUUACAUAAUUAAUAUUUAGUUAUCUUAAAAUUCAGAAAUGACCAAUUACUUGGAUUUUGCCUUUGGCCUUCUAGGAAACAUUGUCUCCUUCAUGGUUUUCCUCGCACCACUGCCGACAUUUCACCAAAUCUACAAGAGAAAAUCGAGCGAAGGGUUCCAAUCGGUACCGUACGUGGUUGGUUUGUUCAGUGCUAUGCUGUGGAUAUAUUAUGCUUUGCUCAAACCAGACACAACCCUUCUUAUUACCAUCAACUCAGUUGGCUGUUUCAUUCAGACAACCUACAUUUGUUUCUACCUCUUUUACGCGCCAAAAUCUGCUAGGUUGCAAACUCUGGCUCUCGUUUUUCUACUAAAUGUCGUUGGCAUGGGCCUAAUAGUUGUGCUUACUCAAUUCGUUGCAAAAGGCUAUAACCGAGCGGCUAUUGUUGGAUGGAUUUGCCUCGUUUUCUCUUUGUGUGUAUUUAUUGCGCCUUUAUGUGUCGUGAGACAAGUCGUACGAACAAAGAGCGUUGAAUACAUGCCGUUUCUUCUUUCUUUCUUCCUUACCCUAAGUGCGGUUAUGUGGUUCUUCUAUGGCUUAAUUCGCAAAGACUAUAACAUUGCUAUUCCGAAUGUUCUAGGUUUUAUCUUUGGAGUGAUCCAAAUGAUGCUAUACGUAAUGUACAAGAACACGAAAAAAGUGGUCGAAGAAAAGCUUCAAGAAAUACAAAUGGAAGAUCACCACAAAAUCCCCGAGCAGAUUAUUGAUGUUGAGAAGCUAAGUGCCGUUGUUUGUUCGGAGAUAAUUAAUAAUCCUGUUUUCGUCCCUCGACUAAACGGUGCAGAGAUGGCCAAGCCUGAAAUUGAAACCCUCAUAAUUUCUAGCUACCUAGAAAAACAUCCAAGAAAUGGAAGUUGAUCAAAGGUAUCUUAUUUAGCUUAAUUAAUUAAUUUGCUAAUAAAAUUAAUUAUAUUUAUGUUGUCUUAAAGUAUGUUAUGUUUUCUCAGCUUAAGUUUGAAGUGUACUUGUUGUUGUAUGAGUGUAAUAAUAAUUGCAAGUGUAAUUUAUCG